GGGGAGGGAUGGGGCGUUUGGGGGGGAAUUUUGCAUUUGGGGGCUUUUUGGUGUCGUUUUGAGGUACUUUGACGCCGCUUGGGGGCAACAGAAGUGACGAUGAGAUUAAAUAGGGCCAUUUGGGGACCAUUUUGGGGCUCUUUAAGGGAUCUCAGUGGACAUUAAAGGGGAUUUGGGGGCACUAGGAGGGAUUAUGAAGGUGUUUAGGGGCAUUUUGGGGCCGUUUUGAGGUAUUUUGGGGCCAGCUCAGGGCACUUGGAGACACUGUAAGGGAUUAUGAAUGUUUUAAGGGGCAUUUUGGGGGCCGUUCUGGGGACUUUCGAAUCCACUUCAGGGCAUUUUGUGCGUUAAAAGUCACUACGAGGGUGAUAAGGAGCACUUUGGGGCCAUUUCGAGGCAUUUUGGGGGCGAUCGGAGGCCCCCGCCGCCAUUUUCCUCCAGCCGCAGUCCUCCAAACUCCGGCCCCGCCCUUUCCGUGGGGCGCUCUACCCUCCGCGCCUCCAUGAUCUCCCUCACUGCGCCGCGAGCUGUGGCGUCACUUCCGGCGGCGUUCUGCGCGGCGCGUCUCGGUGGUUCCGUCGUGAGGGCGGCGGCGGUGAAAGUCACUUUGACGGGAACGGCGGCGGCCGGGUGACAACGUGGGACGAGUACCGCGAGGAGGGGACCUUCCCCGGCAAGAUCUGAGCUUCUCUGAGGCUUGGGGGGGGGGUCACCGUUGUCCCCCCGGGGCAGGGGGUUGGUGACACGCACACCUGGUGGGACACCGCCGUCACCGGGGUGGGGGAGGGGACACCGUUGUCACCGUGGGGCGGUGACGCGGCCAAUAAAGGGUUAAACUGG